ACCAUGGCCGCCCGGCGCGCGGCCACCGCCCUGGCGCUCCUGGCGGCCGCCUGCGGCCUGCCGAGGGCCGCCCGGGGCGACCUCCUGCCGGCGGGGCCGCACUCGGCACCCACGCCGCCGCCGACGGCGGCGCCCACCUCCGAGGGCGAGGACGAGCCUGCGCCCCCGGCCGAGCAGCGCGGCGGGGCCGAGGCGUCCGGCGCCGGGGUGGGCGCCGAGGAGGCCGGGCGCGGCUCGCCCGCUGCAGGCCGCCUGCCCCGUGGAGGCCGGAGCCUGGAGUACGCCUCCCUCGCCGGCGCCGCCGUCGGGGCGGUCGCCCUGCGCCGCGGGGCGCGGUAG